AUGAUGGUCACUAGGUACGGUAGGUACGAUCGUGGCCGGAUAGUUCCUCGGUCAUACAAUAGUAGGUGGAGGACGGUCAACCACGGGACGAUGGUUCCCGGGUCGGACAGGACGCUCGGACACAUGGGAAAUGUGGUGAAGAUUGGUCGACCGCGGGAAGAUGCUUCUCGAGUUGAUCCAUACGCUCGGCCGAAUGUUGGGAUGGGUGGUGUAAGUCGUAUGGGACUCGACCGCGGAACGAUGCUUCCCGGGUUGGCCAAACCGCUAGGCCAAAGUCUGUCUGGAUGCUUGUUGAAUGCUUCCCGGCUCGGCCAAAAUACUCGGACGAGGCCCAGAGCGACGCAGUGGGUUGAGUUUUUGGCAGAUUAUGAUCUGGAGAUCAUCUAUCACUCAGGCAAGGCUAAUCAGGAGCCUUUGCGUUUAGAGACAGUUGAUCAGACAGAUUUUCUCGGUAGGAUCAAAGUGGCUCAGGAGAGGGACAAGAGUUUGAUUGAUGCAUCGUGA